AGUCCCGUCACAUAUUGUCAGUUAUAAAAAAAUAAAAAAACAUAUUUGGUACUGUCUUUGGUCGAGUUGUGGUGACACACGUGUUGCGGCCAAAGUUUCAGCUUCUGCAAGUAGCUAGCUGCGCCGAAAUGGCAGGAGGUGUGAGGAAAAAGUCGUCCCCUGGUCCACGGUCUAGAGUGUGGGCGCCACUUCGUACACUAUGGCAGGAGAAACAUUUGAUCGUAUUCAAGGCAGAGUACACAAUACUAGUCGCCUCUGUUCUGUGGUUCCUGGAGAUCGGAAUAAACAUAUGGGUCAUCCAAAAAGUAGCAUACACAGAGAUUGACUGGAAGGCGUAUAUGGAUGAGGUAGAGGGAGUCAUCAACGGCACCUACGACUACACCCAGCUCAAAGGAGGCACAGGCCCUCUKGUAUACCCAGCAGGAUUUGUGUACACCUUCACAGCGCUGUAUUACAUCACCAACCACGGGGUGAAUAUUCGCCUGGCCCAGUACCUGUUUGCUGUUUUCUACCUGCUCACCCUGCUGCUCGUCUUCAGGAUCUACCACCGCACCAAGAAGGUUCCUCCCUACGUAUUCUUUUUUGUGUGCUGUGCCUCCUACCGGAUCCACUCCAUCUUCGUCCUGCGUCUUUUCAACGACCCUGUAGCCAUGAUGAUGUUGUUCGGGGCUGUCAAUCUGUUCCUGGACGGCCGCUGGACUCUGGGCUGUGGCCUCUACAGUUUAGCAGUGUCUGUGAAGAUGAACGUGCUCCUGUUUGCCCCGGGCCUCCUCUUCCUCCUGCUGUCUGAGUUUGGCCUGAUGAGGGCCAUACCCAAGCUCUCUCUCUGUGCUGCCAUCCAGAUAUUGUUGGGCCUACCCUUCCUGAUGGAGAAUCCCAUUGGCUAUAUGACCCGGGCCUUUGACUUGGGUCGUCAYUUUAUGUUCAAGUGGACAGUGAACUGGCGCUUCCUGCCUGAGUGGCUUUUCCUAAGUCGCUACUUCCAUCUGGUGCUCCUGGCUGCCCACCUGCUAGCCCUGCUACUGUUUGCCCUGCGCCGCUGGAAGAGGCCUGGAGAGAGCAUCAUGGAACUGCUGAAGGAGCCAGGCAAGCGAGUCAUCCCUGCCCAGAAACUCACCUCAGAUCAGAUGGUGCUGAUCCUCUUCACGUCUAACUUCAUCGGCAUGUGCUUCAGCCGCUCGCUGCACUACCAGUUCUACGUCUGGUACUUCCACACCCUGCCUUUCCUUCUCUGGAGCGGAGAAGUCAAGAAGCUGGCUCACCUACUCAGGGUUUUGAUCCUCGGCCUGGUGGAGCUGUCGUGGAACACCUACCCUUCUACUACACACAGUUCAGCAGCCCUCCAUGUCUGUCAUCUCAUCAUGCUGCUCUCCCUGUGGUUCGCCCCCGGGGUAGAGGAGAAGACCAAGAGCAAGUGAGCUUUUCCCCUAGGAGACCCUCCCGUCGUGGGGGUCUGGUCGACCAUCUCCACCCUGCUCUCACCCCAGGCUGGUUAUCACCCUUCACCCUGUCUUGCCCAUCUCGCUGUAGCUCUGUGCUAAUGUAUAGCGUAACGUACAGGUGGGAGAAGGUACAGCGUGAGACUGCAUGUGGAAGGCACAUGCAGGUUCGUGGGGUGGGAGAAGGACCGAAAACAAUUAGGAUUCUCAGGUUAAAGAAUUAAAUCUAAUUUAGGUCUAGGUCUAAUCUAGUGUGGGAGUCUCGUGAGGAGAAAUGCUGAAUGCUUUGCUGUGUUGUCGAUAAGACAUCUUAAGUAAGGGUCUCUUACUUCCAGUAUGUAUUUUUUAUGGAGAAACUGCCAUUAGCCCAUGAUUUGUCCUGUUAAGUAUUAUCACUGGUCUUGGUGAUAGUAGAGAAUAGUCAAACUGUUAGUACAGUAGUUCCUCAUCCUGGCAAUCAGCUGGUCUGAACUUCUGUUACUGGACUAUUUGUUGAUGUAAAUAUUCGCUGUAGCUCAGUUGGUAGAGCAUGGCGCUUGCAAUGCCAGGAUAGUGGGUUCGAUUCCAGUGACCACCCAUGUGUAAUUUUUUAUUUWAUUUUUUWAAUGUGUGCAUGACUCGGUUCUUUUGGAUGAAAGCAUCUGAUAAAUGGCAUAUUAUAUUAAAGAUGGUUUCCAUGUUUCUUUUAAA